UAUUCGUAAACACGAUCGCGUGUGUGGUAAGACGAUAUACGAACAAAAGAGCCCAGACGAGUUGAGUUAUUCGACACUUUACGCAGGUGAAACGCGAUCGGAUAAAGUAGCGGAAUCUAUGGAUCGAUCCGUAAAUCUGAAUCGUAUUUGACGUAGUCGAUAGUGAAAGGUGAACAUCUCGUUUCGACCAGUCUCAAUUCUGGUUUGCGUGGCGCAACAAUUUUUCUUUUCUCUCGGUGUGUGAACAGAAAUCGUGUCCCGGCUCAUAGAGUUAGUCGUUUGUAUUGUCCGUGUAAGCCGUGUGCGAGUGUGUAUGUGUCUGUACAGUGUAGAGCACGCGUGAUACUUGUCCCCUCGUCGCAGAACGACAUAACGAUGGAGCAUGAAAACGAUACGAGGGUGAGGUUAAGAAGAACGAAAAGCGAAACAAGGGCCGAGGAGAUACAAAAGGCGGAACAGAUGGUGCGCAAAUCUCAACCUGACAAACCAUGUCAUCGUCCUAGGGAUAGUCUGUUCUCAUGGAGUUCGGGCUUCGACAACUUCACGGGAUUCGUCAACUGGGGCUUCCUGUUGUUGGGCAUCGGUGGAAUCCGAUUGCUUCUCGAAAAUUUCAUAAAGUACGGGAUCAGAGUGGAUCCGUGGCAAUGGUUUCUGUUUCUAAGCGGCACGUACGAAGGUGGCGAGGAGCAUCCCUCCAUUCUGCUCAUCAUAUAUUCCACGGUGCCCAUAGGCCUCUGCCUGCUGAUCGAGAAGGGUCUGUCGUUGGAUAUCAUAGCUCAUGGGCCAGGAAUGGUGUUCCACAUCGUAAACCUCAUCGUGAUGGUACUGAUGCCGAUGGUGGUCAUCCACGUGAAGGAUUCCGGAUUCAGUCUGUCGCAGAAUCCGGCCUCGAUGCUGAUGGAGAGAGAGAGGGAGAGAGAGGGACCAUUCAUGAUUCAAAGCGCACGCGAAUCAUAGCGUUGCGGGAAUACGAAGUCGUCCCGCCACUAAACUGGAUAAAUUUCGAAGACGAGCACGAUGGACACGUCGGUGCUAUGUACGUGUGCAUGCUGUACGCCGUACUCUUCCUCAAGCUGUGGUCGUACGUGCAGGUGAACAUGUGGUGUCGGGUGAACAAUCGAAGAAAGGCAACGAGCCAGGGGAGGAUGCGACGACAAUCUCUGUCCUACAAUAAUCUACAGUCUUCCACCGCGAAGCAAAACGGCGAGGAGGUCGACGACUCGAAGCACGAAGUAGACGUAGCUGGCACGGUCUUGGUGCAAUAUCCGGACAACUUGACUUUCCGUGAUCUUUACUACUUCAUCCUGGCGCCUACCCUCUGCUACGAACUGAAUUUCCCUAGAACACAAAGGAUUCGGAAAAGAUUUCUGAUUAAACGGAUCCUGGAGGUGGUGGUCGGCUGCCAAGUGGUCAUGUCGCUCUUCCAACAAUGGAUGGUCCCGUGUGUGAAGAAUUCCCUCGUACCGUUCAGCAACAUGGACGUGGCGAAGGCCUCCGAGCGUUUGCUGAAACUGGCCAUACCGAAUCAUCUGGUCUGGCUGUGCUUCUUCUACUUGACGUUCCACUCGCUUCUGAAUCUGGUCGGUGAACUGUUGCAUUUCGCCGAUCGAAAUUUCUAUUGCGAUUGGUGGAACGCGCACAACAUCGACAUCUUCUGGAGGACGUGGAAUAUGCCCGUGCAUCGAUGGGCUGUGCGCCACUUGUACAUUCCCAUCAUAGAGAUGGGCUACAAGAAGAAUACCGCAUCUGUCACCGUGUUCUUCAUCAGCGCCUUUUUCCACGAGUACCUCGUCAGCGUGCCGCUCAAGACGUUCAAAACGUGGGCGUUCCUCGGAAUGAUGGGACAGAUACCAUUAUCAAUGAUAAGUAAGAAGGUGGAGAAGCACUGGGGCGCCAGAUGGGGCAAUAUCACGGUGUGGGCGAGUCUCAUUAUCGGACAACCACUUUGCAUAAUGAUGUAUUACCACGAUUACGUGAUAACUCACUUCGGCGAGAACUUGAUCGAGGAUUACUCCGUGGUGUAGGUGCAGAGGAAUCGAACUCGAGGCGGACGAUCACGCAGGGGUCUGGAAGAAGGAGAUUCUCCGGGCAAACUCGCCACUCUUCCAUCAAUUUUCUCCUUUUUCUAUUUUCUAUUUCCGUCAUCUUUACUCGUGUAUACUAACCUAUUUUUCAACCGACGUUUACGCGAAUUCUUCCACUUUUUUUUUCUUUUCUUUUCUUAUUCUCAUUCCAAUGGAUGGAUGAGAGUCGGUCACGUGUUCGUUAUCGCGAGCAUUAAUUCCUUAAGUAUUACGCAUUGGCUUUAUCCAUUUUUUCCUCUUCCAGUAGGAAUUAUAUAUAGAUUUUUUUUUUCGAAAGAAUCGAAAUUUCGAGAUACAAAUUGCGCGUUUAUUCAUCGGUGUGUAUAGGAUAAUCAGGUAAUUUGUAAAACUUCUGUUAAAUUUAAUACCGGUAACUCGAGGGCUAAUUCUGGUAAAUGUACAGCGUGUAUUUGAACGUUUUCUCCUAAUGUAUUUUACUCGUGUUUAAAUGGAAGGAAUUGUCGUGAAACGUACUAACAUAAAUAAGUUCGCGCAGAAAUUGAAUUAAAAUUGAAUAAAUCCACUAACGUGAUACAUCGAUGGAGGAGAUCGUAUAUUUCUGGCACGUAAAUCCAGAAUAAGCUCUGCGUGCAUCAUAAAAUUUUACAAAUAAUUCUCUCUCUCGUAACUCUUUCUCACUCUCUCUCGAGAAGUUGCAGAUGUAAUUCCUACUGGAUCGUAUCGUGAACGUCAGUGCUCGAUAUUCGAUCGAAUUUCCUUGAACAAAAAAAAAAAAAGAAAAAAGAAAAAGAAAAAAAAAAGAAGAUUUUUGCACGAGGCGGUUAACAAGCUCGAUCGAAAAACUCAAUCGCUAGAUUGCGGAUAUUUAUGCAAUUAUUAAAUUCCAGAUAUGGAAAUGAAACGGAAAUAUGCUUCGCUUAAAAAAUAUGUAUUUUCGAUAUUUUGUACAUUUUUCACAACUUUUUUAACAAAUGCAUAAACUUUCGCAGUCUACAUCCUAUCGUACGUAUAUAUAUAUAUAUAUAUAUAUAUAUAUAUCACUCGUUCUUUUCCCUCGUAUACGCGUGGGUGGUGGUGGUGAUGUUUGUUGAUGAAUUGUUGCUAUUGUAAGCCGUUGAAAUAUUCACCCAUUCGGUCAUUUUUAUGCACGUUUUAACCGAUAAAGAAUUGUUAAUCACUUUGAUAUCAGCGUUUUACAUAGAUUUCUCGUUGAACGAACGCUCGAUCAUUCCCGUCCAUCCACGAAGAUCGCCGAUCCUUUAUACGAACCGUCGAAACAAUGAGAUUGUCACGCAUCGAGGGGAGGAGGGGGGCAUUUUACUCUGUCAUUAGCACUUAUAUGUAUAUUUAAUCGAAACGAUUUUUUACAUAUGAUCACGAGCGCAAAACCCUUGGCAUCCCUCCUCCACUUUUACGAGCAGCGCGUGCCUCGUAAGCGCGGAACGCAGGUAGAGAUAUUAUGCGUGCGUCGAGACAAUAAUUCACUACAUACUUUUUAUUUUUUUUAUUUUUUUUCCCCCUAUCUGACGAUGCUUUAUAGCAGGGGGACCUCGAGCGCAUCGAGGGAAUAUUAGCCGUAAUAAAUUUAUCCAUGGCGCGGAGUGCAGUUGCAUUUACAGGGUAAAUAUUUCACCGGAAUCGUUGCGUAUCACUGCGAAGAAACAGUUGGCGAGGAUUUAACGGGUACAAGUUGGUGCCAGUUGUGUACGAGGAGCAGACGAUUUUGUAAAAUUCGUCCAACGCUCGCGUGCCGCGCGAGCGUCAUUCGUUGUCGAAAUAAACGAAAUCUUUGUUACAAGA